GCCAAUCGCAGGUAGCGUUGUGAACUGUAACCAAUUUUUACAAGAUCGAGUUUGGUUCCCUUAGUCUGUUAUGAAUUAUUCCGCAUUGUGGGAAGUGUUGAAUGCAUUAAUGACAAUAUUUUUAAUAUGGAUGUAGAUUUGCUCAGACCGGGCACAGUGCCGAUUUCACCGGACACAAUAUUAUGGUUCGAAUUUUUAUUAAACCCGUCAUUGCUGCGGAAACAUUUGUCAAAACCCUUCCCAGAUCCAUCUCCUACAGAUUUAAUAAUUAAGUUUAUGACGAUCAACUCUGACCAAAAGGAGACUGAGUUGAAAGCAAUUGAUGCUGAAUCAAACGAUGUAAAAUCCAAUGGUGUAAAUAAGUGGUCUCACAGGAAUUUAGCAUUAAAGAUACUCUCCCUGAAAGUAGCAGCAUAUCUUAGAUGGGACUUGGAUGUACUGGAGAAGAAGUUACCUCUGCCAAUACAAUUAACAUUACUUCAAGAUUUAUUUUAUAUCACAUCUGAUGUUGUGGUAGACAUACCACAGAUUCCAGAAUUCUUUAUAGAAACAGUCUCUGAUCAACUCUUGUUCACAUUAGUUUUAUAUCAUAGAUGGCAUUUGAGGGCAAUUAUUUAUAGAGCCUUAAGUAAUAAGCAGCCAAAACAACAAUUACUUCAUAUACCAGGCUUUCAAGAAUCAACAUAUGUACCAUCAAGUGUAGUGGAUGACAUUAUUAGGAAAUUAGAAUCACAUAUACCCAACAGCGUAAAUGCCCUAAACACUAUUUUAGAAGCAUCCGAUAUAAAGCCAAAGGUUCUCUCUUUUGAUACUUUUCAAAUGUUGACUGAGGAUAGUAUAGAAAUCAAACAAAAUUGGGAAAAUAUGUACUCAGUGAAUAUAGAUGAAUUUAAAUGUCAGAUACAUUACGACCUUGCAAUGUAUUAUUUACUGAGAGAGGAAUAUCAAGAUGCUAAACUUCAUAUCAGACAGGCAAAGGAGCGAUAUAGUAACUUGGAUUCAACAGCAAAAUUCAUGUAUUGCAAAGUACAAAAGGAAUUCUUGGAGGGAGCUUGUCUUGCGUGUGAAGUACCCAUAGAAGACAUCACCUCUAGUCUCACUCAACGUUUGCAGUCCUCCAUCAAAGAUCAAUAUACUGUUUAUAGAGAUAACUUGGAGCUGGAUGUACAAGGCGGAUCUGUUAACAGGAAAAUCAUAGUUGCCCGGGAUCUUCUGCUGCAGAUACAAUGCUUGAAUCUUAUUAGGAAAGUUCUCGACGAUAACAUAAUCCUCGGUGAUUAUGUAACUGAAAUUAAAGCAGCCGGUCCCAAGGGUCUGGACGUUCUAUUUUGGGCCUUAAAUAAUGUUAUGGAAAACACAUCAUCUGUGGAUAAGAAACGAAUCUCGCGUUACCUUCUUUAUCUUGUAAACACUGCCAACAUAGAAGGGCUCGCUUUGAAAAUACUUAACGAUCUCUCUCUCUCGUCAUUAUUUGAUGAAACGGAACUGGCUGUCAUUCAACAAGCAACUCUUUCCAACGAAAUAGAAUUACCAAACUUGUUGCUACAUAACGACUGGAGUAUAUCGCCUGUACCAUAUAUACAAACCGCGAGAAUUGAGGUAUUCGAAUUAGAGCAAAAGUUGAUAGAGACUUACGAUUGUCACGUAAUUCGUGAAACGUUGAUUCACCUGGAUGGAAAACAUCGUAUGAAACCAUUGUGGAACGUGAACGGCUGUUGGGAAUUACCCAUUCCAUUGCAGAGUGUGGUAAUAUCACUCUCCCGUGGUUUCAUGCAAGAUUAUUCAUACGUUCUGCUCGCUAAAAGUCGGGAAUUGGUAAUGUUUCAAAACUUCGAUGGUGCAAUAGAGCUUCUGAAGAUACUGGACAGUGAGCUGCAGGAGCAUAUGAAAACCGCCGCGAAACCACAAGUUUUCAAGUUGUGCAAAUUGGUGAGCUGGGAAUGCCUGCUCGUCGAGAUAUGGAAGUGUCUUCAUGUUUGGCCGGCGACAAAUGUUUCUGACAUGCAGAAUAUAGUUGCACGGUGUAAACAGUGUCUUGGUGCUUUACAAGCGACCGAUCAAGUGAUCCCGAGGCAGGAAAUCAUAGAAUAUUGCACAGUUUUUUUGUUGAACAUGGCCGAGUGGGAUUACCUCACCAAUUUGGAGAAACGUUGGAGUUACACGGAAUUCGCGGCCGCCAUUAGCAGCGUUUGCCAGGACAUCGUCAAGUACAAGGGGACUCGCAAGUUUCCGCGCGAGGCAUGGGACAUGAUUUUAGCAGCGUUCGGCCCUAGCAGGGAACAGUCGCAGAAACGCAACAGCAGCAGCAGUAGCGGCGGUAAUAGUGGUAAUUCCGGCAGUAAUGCAUCGAGAGAUGUUACCAGUAUUACAACUACUUUUACUCGGCUACGCGAGCCUAUGGUGCUCACCGUAGUGAUAUCAUUGCUGGCACGUUUACGAAAUGUAUUGCGCGAUGAAUCUAGUUUGGAAUUGCACACUCAGUAUCUUUCCCUUUGGCCUGCCGGGGUACCAAAUGCGAAUUCGUACAAUAUCCGAUAUAUCGGAGAAAUAUUGUUCCAACUACUGGCGCAAGCUCUGAAAUAUUAUCCCUGCAACGUACUUUGGCUGAGGCUAAUGGGCGAUCUGAAUUUCGUUCUAGCGUAUUAUGAAAGCGCGAUGAAAUAUUACUUAAAGGCUAUCAUGGUAGCCAGUGAUUUAUUUAGCCAGCCCAUACUACGGACACAGAUAGACGAUCUUGUUUAUAGAAGAAUGAUCAAAUGCUGCGCCCAUUUGCAGUGUUACACUCAGGCAGCUGUACUGUGUCAGUUUUUAGAAGAGGUGGAUUACUCCUUGGCGUUUAAAAUGGCGUCCAGUGAUCAAAAGAGCUGUGCCACCGCUGACGCCAUGGACGCGUAUUAUCAUUGUAUUUGGGAUACCACGAUACUCGAAUAUCUUGUACAUCAACAUGCAAAGCGCGGAGAACAUCACAGGAAACAGCUUGCGAUCAAAGUUAUUGGCUUGCUGGAAUUGAACUCUAAUAACAAUGAAGAAAUCCAAAGAGAAGCGGCAAAUAUCCGGAAAGCUAAAUUUUUAAGAGCAUUAGCGAAGCAAUAUGUAUAUUAAGAGGUUCAUAUACAUAUCUUGUAUGUGUAUAUACACUGUGCUGAAAACUGAAAAAUAUUGGUGCAUCGCGAAAUAUUUUAUAAAUAUUUAACUUGAAAUAUGAGUGACAGAGGUAAAACAUAAAGAACGUAUGAUCUUUUUGAAACUAAGCCAUCUUAUCAUGGCAAUUUCACUGUACCAAUAUUUGAAUCCAUCGCUGGAUGUAUAUGUAUUGCGUGUCUGUAAAUGUAAACUAUCCAUAAGAUAAUGUAAAAUAAAAA